AAAAUGAAAAUGAAAAAAAGUCCAAAGGACCAAAUUUGAGGGAUAUUAGGGAAAAUUGACCUUGCCACAUUAUUAACAAGGAAAUGAAAUGAAUUGAAAAUAUUGCUGAUCAUAUCAGUUGCCCUUUCGCCAUAUUUGCCCAAAAACGAAGCUCAUGUAAACCUCCAAUGUCAACUGUAACAGAGUUGCAGAUUGAGAUUCGAUUGAACUAAGUCUUUUAUAGAUUCCUUCCUCUCAUAAGCUAUGCUGCUGUAAUGGCUGGUUUAAGAUUUUACACAAUGAAGUCCCUUCGAAAUUGUACCAAUUUUUAUCCGAAACAUUAUUCGUUUCGUUCAUGUAACAUUACUGGAACAUCAUAUGCUUAUGUAAAUCGCCAUUACCAAGUGAAAGAAACACAAAGCUUUGAAAACACUGGAAAUAGUCGCCAAAAUGUAUUGGGUUUGAAGUCUCCUAUUAGUAUCAGAUGCUAUACAACCAGACCCAGUUGUGCAUUUUCAUCCACAUUGUCAAACUCUCACUUUAGGAGGGCUAUUCCUCUGUUUUCUGCUAGCCCUCUUUUGAAGUACUGUUCGUAUUCAUACUCUUCUGGUAGUAGCAAUACUGGUAAAGCUGUAGACCAAGGAGUGUCAGCCUCAUCUGGUGUCAGUGAAGUAAAUGUUUCUGGCAGUGGUGCUGGAAAUGAAUGGCUCGAUAAGAUUAAGGAUCUUUGGCAAAGUGCAGUUGAGGGAGCAACUCAUACUGGGGAAAAAGCUAAGGAAGUUUCUGAUGAGCUUUCUCCUCAUGUUGAACGAUUUCUGGAUUCACACCCGUAUCUAAAAGACGUGGUUGUUCCAGUUAGUUUUAUGUUCACUGGUACUCUACUGGCUUGGUUUGUGAUGCCUAGGAUCUUGAGAAGAUUUCACAAGUAUUCCUCACAAGGUCCUGUUGGUAUAUUGUCCAGAAGCGUGUCUGGAGAAGAGGUUCCUUAUGAGAGAAGUUUUUGGGGUGCUUUGGAGGACCCAGUACGAUAUUUAGUUACCUUCAUAGCAUUUACACAAAUUGGCAUGAUGGUAGCACCAUCUACUAUUGCAUCACAUUACCUUUUACCGGCAUGGAGGGGUGCUGUUAUCCUGUCACUUGUAUGGUUCCUGAAUCGGUGGAAAAGAAAUGUUUUUACUCGUGCGUUGGCUGGUCCUACUGUGGCAGGUCUUGAUCGCGAGAAAUUGCUAGCUCUUGACAAAGUUUCAUCUGUUGGUCUUUUUGUAAUUGGUGUAAUGGCUUUAGCGGAAGCAUGUGGGGUGGCUGUUCAAUCUAUUCUCACAGUUGGUGGCAUAGGAGGAGUUGCUGCUGCUUUUGCUGCUCGAGACGUCCUUGGAAAUGUGCUUAGUGGUUUGUCUAUGCAAUUUUCAAGGCCCUUUUCACUUGGAGAUACAAUAAAAGCCGGAUCUAUAGAAGGUCAGGUGGUGGAAAUGGGACUUACGACCACCUCAUUACUGAAUGCUGAGAAGUUUCCUGUCAUUGUCCCGAAUUCUCUGUUUUCUAGUCAGGUAAUUGUGAACAAGUCACGUGCCGAGUGGCGUGCCAUUGUCUCUAAAAUUCCCCUGCAGAUAAAUGAUUUGAAUAAGAUUCCCCAGAUUGCUAAUGAUAUAAACAGUAUGCUAAGAUCGCACUCUAAGGUAUUCUUGGGAAAGGAGGCCCCUUACUGUUUCUUGUCUCGAAUAGAUAGUACAUUUGCAGAAUUGACUCUCGGAUGCAACCUCAAACAUAUGAGAAAGGACGAGUUUUACUCUACAGAACAAGACAUUCUUCUUCAGUCGGUCCAUAUUAUUAAGCAGCAUGGUGCAAUGUUAGGCAGCUGCGUUGGCCACAUGACCAGUCCGUAAUGUGGAAGAUUAUAUUAAGGAGGGAAUAUUGUUUUGUCUCUUUGUCUCGAAGAAUAUUUACACUUCAUUGUUGGUCACACACAGGAAAAGCUUUUGACAAAAAUGACUUCACAACAAGUCUUGAUUGGGUUUUUGUUUUGUGCAUUGUUAAGGAGAGAGCAACUGAUGAAAUGAAUCAUGAGAUAUAUGUAAAUGGAUUUUGUUUGGCAGACUUUUAUGUCUUCAUCUUUAGCCAUUAAAUAGUCAUUUUUUUUCUUCUUUUUAAUGUAUGGAUGAGGUGACCAAUUUAACAAUGUACUAUGAUAUGCUGAAAUGAAACAAACUUUCUCAUUUUGGGGUUUUGAGAACCUA